UCCAGAACGAAGUUUGCGUGUGGAGCAGCACCCAAAUCAUGUACGCUCCAACAGGGCGUGGUCUUGUUAAGUUAUGUCGAUGACCUUCUUCUCUGCUGUCCCUCUGCCUCCUCGUGCAAGGAGGCCACACUGGCCCUCCUCCUUCAUCUUCAUUCUGAGGGUCAUAAAGCCAGUUUACACAAACUGCAGUUCUGCCAGCCUCAAGUUCUCUUCCUGGGGCAUCACAUUUCUGCCACCACCAAGGCCCUGGCUCCUAAACAGAUUGAGGCCAUUCAGAAAGCACCAAAACCUGUCACCAAGAAACAGCUGAUGUCCUUUCUCGGCAUGCACGGCUCUCACAAGCGCCCAGUGGCCUAUUACUCCUCCAAGCUCGACUCUGUUGCUGCAGGUCUUCCUGGCUGUCUGCGAGCUGUGGCUGCAUGUGAGAAGGCUGUACUCGCAUCGCGUGACAUUGUGGGUUACAGUGAGCUAACUGUUUUUGUUCCUCAUUUUGUAUCCAUCAUUUUGCUUGAACAAAAGACCUCUCAUCUGUCUGCAGCUCGAUGGCUGAGAUACACCACAGUUCUUCUUGACAUGCCUAACAUCACUGUGAAACGUUGUACUGCACUCCAAGACCCGAUUUAUCUGAUGAGCCACUUCCUAACUCUGACUUUGUUCUUUUCUGUGAUGGCUCCUCCUCCAGAGACUCUUCUGGUUGCUGCUCUCCUUGAUGCUAUUCUUCUUCCUUCAGAGGUCGCUGUAGUGAAGUGUCAGGCUCACACUAAAGAUACUUACUUUGUUGCUCGUGGUAACGCCCUGGCUGAUCAGGCUGCUAAGCAAGUAGCAGUGUCAGCCUCCCCACACACUCUCACUUCAUUUCCUGUCACAGAAGAAGAAAAUUCUCCUCCUUGCUCUCUACAGGACAUCCAGUCUUUUUCUACUCCACAGAAACACUCCAUCUGGAAGGCUAACUCCUGCACCCCUGACUCUGCAGGUAUUUAGCGCUCUGUUGAUGGAAAACCUUGCCUUCCUUGUCAUUUCUUCCCAUGGUUUGCUAAGUUGUCACAUGGGGUGGACCAUGUGUCAAAAGGAGGGAUGGUAUCUUCUAUAACAUCCCUUUGGUUCACAAAAGGCUUCACUGUGGUGGCUGAAAAUUACUGCAAAAAAUGUUUGAUCUGUGCAGGCUACAAUACAGCCCAAC